CACGUGACUCCCCACGAGCAAGAUGGCGGCGCCCAGGGGUCGGCGUGCUCGCUGAGCGGGGCUGCGAGCAGCGCUCCCCCGCCCCCCACCCUCCGCCGGCAUGUCGCGGCUUAUCGUGAAAAACCUGCCGAAUGGGAUGAAGGAAGAUCGCUUCCGGAAGCUGUUUGCUGCCUUUGGUACGCUGACCGACUGCUGCCUGAAGUUCACAAAGGACGGCAAGUUCCGCAAGUUUGGCUUCGUUGGCUUUAAGUCUGAGGAUGAAGCCAAAACCGCGCUGAACCAUUUCCACAGGAGUUUCAUAGACACGUCCAGGAUCACAGUAGAGGUCUGUAAAUCUUUUGGAGACCCAUCAAAACCCAAACCUUGGAGCAAACACUCACAAAAGCCAGCCAACAAACCUGCUGCAAAUCCAGAUCACACAAAUACAAAGAAGGACAAAAAGGUGAAAAAUGUGACCGGAAACUUAAAAGAGCUGGAAGGAAAUGAAGAGUUCAGAGAGUUUUUGAUGGUUCACCAGAAACGGUCACAAGUAGCCACUUGGGCCAAUGACACAUUGGCAGAGGAACCCAAGGCAAGAAAAUUGAAGCCAGUAACUGAUUAUCUGAACUUCGACUCAUCUGAGUCAAGUGACCUGAGUGAAGAGAGUGGGGAUGAAUUCCAAGAGGAAGAAGAUAAAGGCAACAAAACUAAGGGACACCCCACAGAAAAGGUGGCUGUCACGAAAGGGCUUUCUGAUAUGGAUUACUUGAAAUCGAAGGUGGUGAAGGAUACUUCCUUGGAUGAAGAGAGUGAGGAGGAAGAGGAGGACAGUGAACAGCAUGAGGAAAGUAGUGAGGAAGAGGAGAAGCCUAGCAACAUGGAAGGUAUAGACGUCCAGAUGAAAAAGGGAGCAAUGCUGGAAGAAGAGAUCAAAGAGCAAGGGAAAUCAAAGGAAGAGGAGAAAAAGAAAGGCACUAAAUCAGAGCUGAAGAAUUGGGCUGAUUCGACUGAAGCAACCAUGCUAUACACUGUGAAGCUGCGUGGUGCCCCUUUCAACGUCACCGAGCAAAAUGUUAGAGAAUUUUUGCUGCCACUUAAACCUGUGGCAAUACGGAUAGCAAGAAACAAGCAUGGAAAUAAGACAGGUUAUGUCUUUGUUGACUUCACCAAUGAGGAAGAAGUACAGAAGGCCUUGAAACAGAACAAUGAAUACAUGGGUGGGCGCUAUAUUGAGGUGUCCAGGGAGGAGCAGGUACCAAAGAUGAAAUUUGCACAGAAGGAACAGCAACCCUGGCAGAGAAGGAAGAAGGAUGAUGAGGAAGAGGAGGACCUGUCUGAGUCUGGGCGGCUUUUUGUGAGGAACCUUCCCUACUCUGCAACUGAGGAGGACUUGGAGAAACUAUUUUCCAAAUAUGGUCCUCUGUCAGAGAUUCACUUCCCUAUAGACAGCCUGACCAAGAAACCCAAGGGAUUUGCCUUCAUCACAUACAUGAUCCCUGAGCAUGCAGUGAAGGCCUUUGCAGAAGUGGAUGGGCGGGUGUUCCAGGGCAGAAUGCUGCAUGUGUUACCAUCUACCCUAAAGAAAGAAGCAGAGAACACAAGUGCUGCAGGAUCCUCUUCAUACAAGAAGCAGAAAGACUCCAAGGAGAAAGCAAGCAGUGGCAGCUCUCAUAACUGGAACACGCUGUUCAUGGGGACAAACGCUGUGGCAGAUGCAAUUGCACAAAAGUACCAUACCACCAAGAGCCAAGUGCUUGAUCACGAAGGCAGAGGUAGUGUGGCUGUGAGGGUUGCCCUGGGGGAAACGCAGCUGGUUCAGGAAGUCCGCCAGUUCCUGAUCGAUAAUGGAGUCAGCCUGGAUUCCUUCAGUCAGGCAUCUGGGGAGCGGAGUAAAACCGUGAUCCUAGCAAAGAACCUUCCUGCUGGUACUUGUGUGACCGAGCUGGAGGAGGUGUUUGGUCGACAUGGCAGCCUUGGACGGGUGCUGCUCCCAGAAGGGGGAAUCACAGCCAUUGUGGAAUUCCUGGAGCCCACAGAGGCCAAGCGAGCUUUCACCAAGCUGGCCUAUUCCAAGUUCCAGCAUGUCCCUCUGUAUCUGGAGUGGGCCCCUAUGGACGUCUUUUCCUGCCCACCCCCUGAGAAGAAACAGCCUGAGACACCAGAAGAGGCAGAAAGAGCAAGGCUAGGAGCUGGAGCUGAGGGAAUGAAAGAGGACUUGGAAGAACUAGCAGUAGAAGAGGAAGAUGAGGAAGAAGAAAGUGUUCCAGGAUGUACCCUGUUCAUCAAAAACCUCAGUUUUGCCACCACUGAGGAAACACUGAGGGAGGCAUUUUCCAAAGUGGGAGCUGUGAAGAGCUGCACGAUCUCAAAGAAGACAGACAAAGCAGGCACUUUACUUUCCAUGGGCUUUGGAUUUGUGGAGUACAAGAAACCAGAAAAUGCUCAGAAAGCACUCAGGCAGCUCCAGGGUUGCAUGGUGGACGGCCAUCAGCUGGAAGUGAAAAUCUCUGAGAGGGCCAUCAAGUCUACUGUGACUUCGUCCCGUAAAAAACAAAUACUCAAGAAGCAAAAGAGCUCCAAGAUCUUAGUCCGAAAUAUCCCAUUCCAGGCUACGGUGAGGGAAGUCAGAGAGCUUUUCAGCACCUUUGGGGAGCUGAAGACUGUCCGACUGCCAAAGAAAAUGGCUGGAACGGGAUCACAUCGUGGGUUUGGAUUUGUAGAUUUCCUCACCAAACAGGAUGCCAAGAAAGCCUUCAAUGCCCUGUGCCACAGCACCCACUUGUAUGGCAGGAGGCUGGUCCUGGAAUGGGCUGACACGGAGGAAACAGUGGAGGCCCUGAGACGGAAAACUGCUGAACAUUUUCACGGUUCCUCAAAGAAGAAAAAGCAAUCCGUGAUUUUGGAUGAAAUCUUGCAGCAGAUAGAAGAGGAAUAUGAUGACGAUGGAGACCAUUAGCAGGCUCUUCUGCUGCUACACAGUGCCCCAAAGGUCAUCUGUGGAUGGACAAAAAGAAUGGGACAUCUGCCUGUAUGUUCUAUGGCCAAGUGGGAUUAAGCACACUCGUUACCAUCAGAAUCUGCUACAGCAUCCCUUUCAACCAGGGGAUUAAUUCACACCUCGCACAUAGCUGAGGCAUGCCAAGCUCUUUGUCUGAGAAGGAGAUACACCUGGACUCAAGAGGUGGAAGAUGAGCCUUUUCCAUUCAAGGGCAAUACUUGCCCAUCAGUGGGCACUUGUGGGACUCCUGCUAAUUCAGAGAUUUCAGGCUGGAACAGUAUUUUCUUUAACCCCAGAGAAUUUACAUAUCUGUCAACCCUGAAACCUGGGACACCAGCCACAUAAACCUCAGAAAAAAGCUAGACACCAAGGGGCUAUCAGCAUUUUGCUUUUGAAUCAAAUUGUUCUUAAAAUCUGAAUAAUUUAAAACAUAUUCCUGUACAUUAAAUUUUUUUAAUACUUUUUCUAAACACAGUUGAAUCUCUUGGGGUUUCUUUUUUUCUUCCAAUUUUUAUUAGCCAUCACCGGGUAUUUAUUUUAGCCUUCUAGGAAGAUGGAAAUAUUUGUGGCAAGGCCUGGCUUUGCUGCAUUCAGCUUUGUGCCUGUCAUUUCUUUCCCUGCUCUCAGCCAGCUACCUCCCUUCCCUUCUCUGAUUUCAAAGGAAAAGAGGCUUUGCUUUUCAACCAGGGUACCAGUUUACAUGUGUACGCAGCUGAUAAAGUAUUCCACCGCACCCCUUUCCCCUCUGGGAAUCGCUGUCUUACGGCAAAACUGUUUUGUCCGACAGGGACUGCAACAGAUUACAAGUGUUGGCUGCAUGCACUGGGCCUUUUUUUGAUAACUGCAUACCUCUAAAAAAAAAAAAAAA